AUGGCUAAAUCCCGGAAAAAGUUGAGAUCUAACAAGGCGCGCGUGAAUCCGAUACUGCGUGAUGCAGCGAAGGAUGCGCAGGUACGCAGUAAGCGUAUUCAGCCGCUAAUGCAGCAGCUGCAAAGCGCUGCAGUCAACGAUCGGCAGAUGGCGUUGGGGAGCAUCAGUGUUCUCUGCGAGGAUGCGCACAUGCGGGAGCUGUUCCUGCGAGAAAAGCUUUUGCAGGAAGUGAUGAGUAGGCUGCUGACGGACGACAACACCGAAAUAGUAGUUGAAGCAUACGGCCUGCUGCGCAAUCUGUGCCUGGAACAGGGCUACGACGUUGCGAUAUAUAUGUGGCGGUCAGACAUCUGGGUAAGCAUCAGUGCCGGUCUUGAGAAGCUGGUUGAAUCGUUGUCCAGUCUCUCAAGCAACGCGAAGGCUAGCAUUGAAUCGCGGAGGCUGCUAUUUGACUUUGGAGACAACCUGAUAUCGCUUGUGGUUGCUCUUGCUGACGGGGCUUCUGAAAUCCAGGAGCAGCUCGUUGCCGAGCAUCUGCCGCAGCUGUUCCACGUUAUCACUCAGAUACUGAAAUAUGGGUUCAUUGUUGGUGAUGACAGCAAGACUUGCACAUUAAAAAUUACGACCCAGCUAUUCAACUCGGUUCUGGACCUGAUCUACGACUUUGCCUCAGAUUCUGCGGCCUUUAUGGACGCGCUGCACGGACAUCCCGAUCUGUCUCAGUUCGUCCAGACCUUGCCUGAAUUGAAUAUCCUCAAUGGGAGCGAGCUGACGCAGGUCUUGGUCCAGGGUAUCCUGCUGCAGCUGCUAGACGAGUCUAUCACAUUCCAGCAGGCCGAGUCCAUCCUGGACAGGACCUGUGCUGCGAUUCAGCCAAUCGACCUCGCAUUGAUGAAGCAUACGCUCAACACGGCCGAACAAGAGAAAGAGCUUUCCAGCCUGAAGAACACCGAGGAGUUCUCUAGCAUGAUCAGGAAACAGAGCGACAACACGAAGAAGGCCAUGAUGCAAAUGCAGAGCCUUGAGCUGUCGCUGGAAAUUGUCACGGCGGUUACCGAGCUUCUAGCCUCCCAAGUCGAACAGCGGCGUGAGCCUCUGCCUGGCACACUGGUGAAUAUCCUAAAGCAGGUGCUGCCGGAUUUUUUCAACGUCUUGGCGGAGGACUUUACGUCACAUGUGCUGAUGGCAUGGAACAAUCUUCUCUGGCUCUUCUUGUCGCUUGAGAUCAACGUGUUCGAGCUGGCAAACGAACCCUGGAAGCAGCUCUGGAGCUGCAUCUACCAGGCUGGCAACGUCGACCCUAGAGUCCGGUUCGGGAAGCUGAGCUGCGUGUGGGCACUGCUCAAAGCCGUGCAGCUGCAAGCCAAUCCCACGGAAUACCUCGAUCUGCUGCAGGUCGCAACCGUCGACUUUGUCCAGUCCAUCAGACGCGAGUACGACAACGCAGGCGACGCGGGCCCCGAAGACCAGCUGGACCUACGGCUGCGCUGCUGCCACGUCCUGUUCGUGCUCGCGACCUUCCAGCAGCAUAUCGACGUCAACCGAGAGGUGGGCCUGUUCUUCCUGCACAUCCUCUCGCAGAAAGACACCCAUCCGCAGCUGCUGGUGGAGGUCGCCGACCACUUCAUAGACAUCUACUCCGACGCCGCGUUCGACUACGACCACCCCAACUUCGUCGGCCUCGGCUUCCUCGACACCCUGCGCAAGGACAUCGUGCCCAACCUGAGAGCAGCUUUCAAGUUCGUCGACAAGAACAAAGACCCGCAGCUCAAGGCCGAGUGCCACGAGCUCUUCACCACCCUGGGCAGCUUCGUCGCGUACAAGGAGGGCGAGCGCUCCUGA